CAGGAGGAGAGACAGAUGAUGGAGGAGAAAAAGAGAAGACAGGAGGAAAGACAGAUGAUGGAGGAGAAACAGAGAAGACAGGAGGAGAGACAGAUGAUGGAGGAGAAAAAGAGAAGACAGGAGGAGAGACAGAAGAUGGAGGAGAAAAAGAGAAGACAGGAGGAGAGACAGAAGAUGGAGGAGAAAAAGAGAAGACAGGAGGAGAGACAGAUGAUGGAAGAGAAAAAGAGAAGACAGGAGGAGAGACAGAUGAUGGAGGAGAAACAGAGAAGACAGGAGGAGAGACAGAUGAUGGAGGAGAAGAAGAGAAGACAGGAGGAGAGAAAGAUGAUGGAGGAGAAAAAGAGAAGACAGGAGGAGAGACAGAUGAUGGAGGAGAAAAAGAGAAGACAGGAGGAGAGACAGAUGAUGGAGGAGAUGAGAAGACAAGAGGAGCAACAGUGGAGGGAGGAGAUGAAAAGACAGAAGGAGAGACAGAUGUUGGAGGAGAAAAUGAGAAGACAGGAGGAGAGACAGAUGAUGGAGGAGAUGAGAAGACAAGAGGAGCAACAGUGGAGGGAGGAGAUGAAAAGACAGGAGGAGAGACAGAGGAGGGAGGAGAUGAGAAGACAAGAGGAGCGACAGUGGAGGUUGGAUGAGAUGAGAAGACAAGAGGAGCAACAGAAGAUGGAGGAGAAAAAGAAAAGACAGGAGGAGAGACAGAUGAUGGAGGACAACAGGAGAAGACAAGAGGAGAGACAGAUGAUGGAGGACAAAACGAAAAGACAAGAGGAGCGACAGAUGAUGGAGGAGGAGAUGAAAAGACAGAAGGAGAGACAGAUGAUGGAGGAGAAAAAGAGAAGACAGGAGGAGAGACAGAUGUUGGAUGAGAUGAGAAGACAAGAGGAGCAACAGAAGAUGAAGGAGAAAAAGAAAAGACAGGAGGAGAGACAGAUGAUGGAGGACAACAGGAGAAGACAAGAGGAGAGACAGAUGAUGGAGGACAAAACGAAAAGACAAGAGGAGCGACAGAUGAUGGAGGAGAUGAAAAAACAGGAGGAGAGACAGAGGAGGGAGGAGGAGAAGAGAAAACAAGAGGAGAGACGGAGAACAGGGGAAGAGGAGAAACAGAGGAGGGAGGAGGAGAAGAGAAAACAAGAGGAGAGACGGAGAACAGGGGAAGAGGAGAGACAGAAGAGGGAGGAGAUGAAAAAACAGGAGGAGAGUCAGAGGAGGGAGGAGGAGAAGAGAAAACAAGAGGAGAGACAGAGGAGAGGGGAAGAGGAGAGACAGAGGAGGGAGGAGGAGAAGAGAAAACAAGAGGAGAGACAGAGGAGAGGGGAAGAGGAGAGACAGAGGAGGGAGGAGGAGAAGAGAAAACAAGAGGAGAGACGGAGAACAGGGGAAGAGGAGAGACAGAGGAGGGAGGAGGAGAGGAGAAAACAAGAGGAGAGACGGAGGAGAGGGCAAGAGGAGAGACAGAGGACAGUGGAGGACAGAACGAGGAGAGACGAGGGGGAGAAAAGGAAAGUUAAACUGAACCAAAGACUGAAAGAAUCGCAGCAGCGAGCUGAAGAGCAGCGGGAGCAACGACUGCGCAGCGACGUCUCCGAAGAACUUGAGUCCAGACGAGAUGUUCUGAUCACACAUCUGAAUGGGUUUGAGGUGAACUGUGAGGCGGACAGCGACGCCGACGAGCUUCUACAGAUCCUCUCUGAGAAAUGCAGCACCCCAGUCCCAGACCUCAGUCUGACUCGGCUGACAGCGGAUCAGCUGGGGGACAUCCUGUCAGUCCUGGACACACUUCUGUUUGAUGAAUGGAUCAGCGCUCGUCCGUCGCUCGGCACGCUGCGGCACGCUCAGGUGUUCAUCACAGAGCUGUGUCGUCUGUCGGUGGAGAAGUCUCGGGGAGUUUCCCUCCAGAACAUCUCCGAGCAUGUGCAGUCCCUGGUGGAGUCCAUCAGCCAAUCAGCGGCUAAUGUUUUUGACAGCUUCCUGCUGACUCAAGCUCUGUACCUGAACCUCAUGCACUCCCUCACCGUCAGUGGCGGCAGUGACACUGACGCAGUCGUCAUCGCGAAACACUGGGCAGAAGACGAGCUUUCGGCUGAACAACUCUUUCUGGUGGACUUCCUGGGCACCCUCACGUCAUCGCUGCAGAGUGUGGUUGGAAGAGCCACUGUGUUCAUUUUACAGAUGGAAAUCCAGUGCUUAAAGCUUCUCUUAUCAACACUCACGCAUGUAAAUGAAACAAUCUCAGGAUCCACUGAAAUGAUCCUCAGACUGGUGCAAACCAGCCAGUGGACCCCGACAGAGGCGGUGACUCUGCUCAAAGCUCUGUCACAGAAACAUGCAGAGGAUGUUUCAAUAGCUGAAGUCCUGACGUUGGUGCAACUGUAUGACUUAUCACCUGAUUGGACAGAUGAGUCCGGACGCUCUCUCAUCCAGGUUCUGGACUCUGCUGGUCCUGAGAGAUUCCAUCAGGAUCUCCAGAAGACUCUGAGGAGGAAAGACGAGCUCAGUCUGGCUGCAGAUCUGGCAGAUUUAAAAAUGUCAUGUAACGUCAGCGAUUCUGUGAUUGAUGUGAUCAGAGACGUCACCACUGGGGUCCUGCAAUACUCAGAAAAUGCACCAAAAGAUGCACCAUUAACGAACAAGCCCUUUAAAUUUGAAACCUUGAAUGCAGACGACAUACAAAACUUUCUGUCUUGGCUCUGCGAAGCAGUUUUUGACACGAAAGGCUGGAGGCCCACGGUGAAGCAGAUGCUGCGCUGGUGUGAGCUGGUGCUGACUCAGAAGAGUGAAGCGCCUCAGCUGGUCGGUGUGGAAGAAGACCCGUGUGUCGCAGCCAUGUUCGCUGCCACACAAGUCUGCAUGGGAAACAAACUGGACAUCGUGCUGAGCUCUGACGUCCAGUCGGAGGAGUGGGCUCAGGAGUGGUCCGACUUCUACGAACACCUUGGAAUUUCUUUCAACACAAACGUGAAGACAACCAGUGCAUCGUACAGGGACGUCUAUGAAGCGGACAUUGUGUUUGGUACCAUGGACGACUUUGUGUCUGAUUACUUUCGACACGGCGUAGAAGCGAUGGAGACAGGAAACCUUCAGCUCGGUCGUGGGUUCAUCAUUACAAGACAAAGUCUCAGUGCUUCCAAUUACCUGGAACUUUCCCGGCUCAGGGACAAUGACUCCCUGGUGUUUGCUGCAGAGGUCCUGCAAAGCCUUCUGGGUAAAUUCCACAGUAAAGAUAUGAAACUGAGACACAGGUUUAUUCAGGCUUUUUUUCAGGUGCUUCACACUAACCUUGGCCAUAAAAUCAUCACCAUCUCAAAGAAGAUCGCUGGAAAGGCUUUGUCUUCUGCUGAAGUCUUCCUUCUGACCUUUGUUGAGACUCUCCUCAGAGUGGUGACGGAAGAAACAGACGGUGAAGAAAACAGCACAUGUCCUGCAGGAAUAUGGUGUUUGGAGGUUUUAUUUGUUUGUGUGGACAAAUUCCAAGCCUCAAAAGAAGAAACCAAAGAACUCUUCCAGAUGGUUUCAAAUCUCAUAGAACAAACAAUUUGGUCACCGGUCGAGGCCUUAAACCUCCUCGGAGCAUUAACCAACCACCAUCAUGAUGAAGGAUGUGUUUCCAUCAGGAAGAUUUUACAUCUGAUGGCAACAUAUCAGGUGUCUUCCACGUGGACAGAUGAGAACAACCAAUCUCUCCUUAAACUUUCAAAUUCGCUUAGAACAAAGAAUCUGAUCCAGCACUUAAAAAAGAGCCUCAGCGAUGAAAAGACGAAAAGCAUUGACUUUCUUUUUGAUGAACUACGUCAGAUGGAAGACAUCGAUGAACAAACACUGAGUAAAUCAUACAGUGUAGUCACUUUUGUAACAAACCUGAUCAAAACCGGUAAAAUUAAAAAGCACACAGAUGUACAGCGAGCAAGGAAAUUGAGUCCCAGCAGAGACGCAGAAGACCUUCAGGAGUUGCUGGCAAUCUUGUGUUAUGCUGUACACCUGCAGAAGUCUGAGGGGAAGUUGGAUUUUUGGCCCAGAGCCACUCAGAUGAUCAGCUGGUGCCUCUUGGCCUUGUCGGACACUGGGAAGCUCCUGGAGAUGGGCACUGGAGAAGGGAAGUCUUGUGUCAUAGCCAUGUUCGCAGCGCUGCGAGCGCUUAGAGGUGAGAAAGUAGAUGUGGUGUCCAGCUCUUCCGUGUUAUGUCAAAGAGAUGCUGAAGAAUGGAACAACUUCUACAAGUUCUUUGGAAUAACAGCGGACACGAACACAAAUAAAACCAAGGAUGAGGAUAGAAAAGAUUGCUACCAGAAGGACGUGGUCUAUGGAACCAUUGAAGCCUUCGCUGCAGAUCACCUACGGCAGGUAUUCGAGAUGAAGGAUGUGAGGCCUGAUCGCGACUAUCAGUGCAUCAUAGUCGAUGAGGUGGACUCACUGCUGCUGGAUCAGGGAGUGCAGAUGACCUACCUGUCCAGCCCCAUGGUCUCCAUGCAGCACCUGAACAUUAUUCUGGCCAUGAUCUGGACCCACAUCAGCCAGUAUGGCUUCCUGUCUGCAGGACAGCAGACAUUUGUCCGUGGUCCUCCUGCUUCUUUCUUCAAGGCCAUCUUUGACUCAAUGAACACAGAAGGAACUCACAUUAAUGAUCCAACGGAUAUUUUGCGUCUCGCAGAAGAAUCCAACACUGUGCCAAAAGGACUCAGGGAGAAUAUCUGCAACGGUGAAAAGGAUGUCCUUGUCCAAAAACUGAAAACUGUCAGUCAGGAUGCUGUGGUGGAUUUUUUCCAGGAACUUGAGCAACAUGUCCCUUAUGGUUUUAAUGUUUACACUUUAGACAAUGCAGGACUGCUCUGUCUUCGAAAGCGCAGCCGGCACAACAACCAGGACAUACCAGAAUUAAAAUUUCUUGUCCUGGAGGAAGGCCUGUGUUGUCCUCUCUAUGAUUCAGAGGAAACUGUCAUCAAGCCCAUUGCACAGUUAGUUUCAGAGAGGAUUCAGUACACCCCAUGUGCAAACAAUAAAGACAAAAUCAGCAUCCCCGGAUUCUUGAAGAAUCUAGUGAAGCAGAAAGUGUCAGUGUGGGUUCAGAAUGCCUUUCUGGCUUUACAGCUUAAGGAAGGACAGGAAUAUGUUGUAGAAAAUGACAGUGUCUGUCCGGUGGAUUUCAGAUCCACUGGCAUUGUUGAACUGAACAAGAAGUGGGGAGAUGGUCUGCAGCAGUUUGUCGAGAUUAAACACCAAAUUAAAUUGAGCACAAUUUCAACAGUGACAAACUACAUUUCUAACAUCGCUUUUUUUGAAAAGUACCACGGGAAAAUAUACGGAACAACAGGGACACUCGGGAGCAAAACAGACAUGCUCUUUCUGCAGGACCUGUAUCCAAAUCUGUCAGCCUGCAAAAUGCCAACAUUCAACAGGAAGAAGCUGUUUGAGGUCAAAGGUACUCUGAAGACUUCAGCCGAAGAGUGGAAAAAAGAAAUAAAACGUGUGGUUUUGGCUCAGACCUCCACAAAUCCAUACAGAGGCGGGAGAGCAGCCCUGGUUAUCUGUGAAACUAUCAACGCGGCCAAAGAGAUCUACGAUGAGCUGAAGAGCAGCGUCCCCGGAGAAAUCAUUCUCUACUGCCACAGUGACACAGACAGUUUGUGUAAAAUAGACAGGGAACUGCUUCCCGGUGACGUCAUUGUUGCCACAAACCUCGCCGGCCGUGGCACCGACAUAAAAGUGUCCAAACAUGUGAACAGUAAUGGGGGCUUAUGUGUGAUCCUCUCUUUCCUUUCUGAGAACACACGAGUGGAGCUCCAGGCAUUCGGCCGAACUGCACGUAAAGGUAAACCUGGAUCUGCUCAGAUAAUCAUGUCCACCGAACACCUGCAGCCGUCCUUGAGGACGGUGUCUUCUCUGGAGGAAGCCAAGAACGCCAGGGACAGACUUUCAUCAGAAAAGAUAAAUCAAAUGAUGGCUGAUGUUGCUGAGAUGAAACUGCGGGAGGAGCUGUUCUCAGAGUACAUCAAAACUCUUCAAGACAUUCACGAGGACACUGAUGGAGAUGAGAAAAGAGCCGUUGUUGCCAUCAUGAAUGAGUUCUGGGGGAUUUGGUUGCAAACUAACUCGGAAGAAAUCGUCCAGUUGAAGACGAAUGAAUUGCGAAAGAGUUUAAAAGAGGAUUUGUCUUUGGCAAAAAGUCAGUCUCAGAGUCAGAAUUCACCAUGUUCCAGCAUUUAUCACUACAUCAAGUUUGGAAAUAUCGCACUGAUUGACAAACAAUGGGCCGUCAGCACCAAGCUCUUUGAAAAAGCCAUGAAACAAGAUAGAAGUUGGGCAGCCAUAGCUUUUUACAACCAUGCAUAUUGCACUAUACAGCAGAGAAAGGCAGAUUACCUCGCUAAGGCCAGAGACGACCUAAUGAAGGCACAGGAGUCUCUGAAGUAUCUCAGUGAGGAACCCAUGGUCUGUCUGCAGUUUGUAAAAAUGUCUUCUGCAAACUCAGCCAACAGUGACCUGAGUAGCCUCGAGAAACAGUUAACAACCAAGUGCAGCAUGCUGAGUUACUUUGACAAAAAUAUUGAGGAGGCCAUCCAAAAGCUGGACGAAAUAAAAGGAAGAGAGAGAGAUGCAAUAGCCAAAAAAUCACCAAUAUUCUCCCUGGUGUUGAACGGUGAUGAAGAUCUCCAAGUGGAAGCUGAAAACCUGUACAGUCAGGGGCUGAAAUAUGUGUUUUCUGUGGAAGAGGAGCCUCGAUUCUCAUGGGAAGGCCUGCUGGUGUUCUGCCUUGGAGUUUUACAGAUUGUCGGAGGAGCAUUGCUCAUUGCAUUUACAUUUGGUACAUUUGCUCAAGUUGGCAUGGGACUCAUUACUGAAGGUAUAUCAGACUGCAUCUCUGGCAUUGAGUCCAUGGUGAAAGGAGAUUUCAGCUGGAAGUCGUGGGCUAUAGAAAAAGCCAUUUCCAUCGGUGUUUCUUUCAUUGGGUUUGGAGUUGGAAAGCUGAUUGCAAAGGGCUUUAAAUCUUCCAAAGUGUUAAUUAAGGAAUUCGGCAAAGAGCUGAAGUUGAUGCCAUCGUUUUUUUCCAGUCAGGCUAAAGAAGGUAUGAGUGAGGUCGCAAAGAUUAACAUGAAAAAUGCAGUAAAACACACUGCCAAAAAAAUGGUUGAGGAAAUCACUGCCUAUGGACUUGGGAAGGCAGAAGAGGAAAUACUGAACACAAUACUAAGCAGCAUCAAAAACAAAGUAGAAGAGGGAAUCAGUAAAAAUGUGAAAUCCAACAUGGAAAGAAAGCCCUUCGCUACAUUCAUAGAUGAAAUCAUCCUGUCACAUCUUGAGGAUAAAAACCAACUCCACGACCUCCUGAAAGACGAGAAGAGAAGGAAUGACCUGAUGGCCGUCUUCAGGGGGCUGAGCAGCGCUGCAGUGCAACCUUUCUACGAAGACCUCGGCUGGCAGAAGAAGCUUAACUCAUCCCUCUCCACAGUGAUUCAGAGAGCUAAAGCAGAGGCUAAAGGAACAGCACAUUUGAUUCUGACAACUAUCCAAGGUGUUCACAUGGCGGCGCUGGCAUCAGACGCUGUCGCUGCAGCGCUCAGCCUCACCGGCAAGUUUUUCUCCAACCUUCAAGAACAGCUGAACGAAUUCAAAAAAGAAAAAGGCUUUUCGCAGGAAGUGAAGGUCGAUGAGCUGUCUGAUUCGGACGCUGACAUGCUGAAAGACUUCAAGCAGGAUUUAGCUGACACCAUCAGUGCUUUAGUGGCUGAUGCUUUGGUGGAAAUGUUUCACCAGAAGUUCUCCAGUCACCUUACUUCUCAUGUGCAAAGAAAAGUAAAUGGCAUCAUUGGCAGUUAUGUACGAACUGGCUUGCAGAGUAACAGGACAGAAGAACUACUCAGAGCUGGACAGAACAACAGAUACAUCACACACAUGCCAGUAGACAUGAAUUCUAAACAUAAACCCGCAGGAGAGGCUGGUAAACACUCACAGUCACAUGCUGACAAGAUCAUGAACUCCAUGACUCCAGGCACCCUCGCCGACAUCAGAGUCCUGUCAGAAACAACUGGCACCAAGGUUGUCAUCCUGACACAGGACAGCCAGGGCCAUCCAACCAAAAUGCAGGAGCUGAGCCCAAGCACCAAACCUGCCAGUCGAACCGUGACGCUGAUCUACACACCAAAGAGUGCUGAAAACCCAGACGGACAUUACGAUGUGUACAUCAACAACCAGACAGUGAAAACAGGCAGCCAGGGCAAGAGCUGCCUGUUCCGUGCUUUGGCGACAGGCAUGAAACCAAAGGCAAGCGAAGAAGAAAUCACUUCUGAAGCACAGCGACUCCGAUCUGUGGUGGCCGACACUCUCCGCAGACACCCAGGCCAAUGGGAACCUUUCAUCAAACGUAAUGUGUGGACUGCAUCAAUCAGAGGAGGGGACUGGUUCAUUGCAGAGGGUGCUGCAGACAGAAUAGUCAUAGUAGAAACCCUGGCAGUUCUUCAGGAAGAUGUUGGGAGAGUGAGACUGUACAAAGAGUGGCAGCAGGAUUGUAUCAACAGAAGUGGACUUGGACAAUUUAUGAAUGGAGAUCACCAGCCACCAGUGAAGAGUAUAUUGGAGGCUAGAGACUUGAACCAGAAUAGCAGAUUAGCAGAAGCCAUGCUUGAAGUGGCAACAAAGUCAAGUCCUCUGGAUCGCAACCUGAUGUCUAAAGUGGAUAAGCAACAUGGCCGUGAGCUUCCGGUUGUUUAUGUUCCUUACGAUAUGCACCGCGAGUUUCCCAGUACAACAUCAAAAAAGUUCCGAACGAGUGUAGCUGAAGCCAUAAGGGAUAACGAUGUUGUCGGAACAUUUAAGCUUACAAUCCUCGGAGCAAUGCCCAGAUUCAAAUUGGAUGGAACCAAGGGGUUUGAAAACUUUCAGAAUGACCAGAUGAGCAAAACCAGGCUUGCAGUUUUUGACAGCAGUUUUCAGCAACACAGUUUAAAGAUGGUAGAGACGUGGUCCAACCUGCUCAAAGACAAGAACGUCAUGACAGACAAGGAUCUUAAAACCAUCAACACGUGGAUCAACAAGAAGGGCUACAAUAAUCAAAAUGAUCCACACAGGGACAAAGUCUACAAUUGUCUACAAUGAAAAGUGAACUGGCGAGUCUGACUGGUGAACAAGCACCAGCUGGAAAUCAACUUAGCGGACACAGCUCAGUAAAGUGGCAUCCCACAACAAGGUCAUCAUAAGAACACUUAACAAGAUGAUUCCUCACCACAAAACUGCCAUUAUGAUGCCAUCCAGACUGGAGGGGAGAGGACUGACUGAUUUACAGUAGAGACCUGGUGACAUUACAGGGGCCAGGGGACGGAGGCGAGGUCUGUUCCACAGUUUAGGAAUAAUUAAACCUCAUAUUUAAUUGAUAGUGACUGUUUGCUUUGAUGUCUGUGGACAUCAACAUCAGACAGUACCACUACAGUAUGAAGCCCUGGGAGCCCGGCAGAUAACAACAGAGGUCGUAAAUCUACCGCAUACCAAGUUGACUGAACAUUGGAAGCUUCUUCCUUUAAAAUCAUUGUAAAAUAACAGCUUUAUUCACCUGCCAUUAAGCUCAUCACACUCAGGUUUUAAAGGGUAUGAACAUUUUGACUGAGUUGAUCAUUUAGGUCUUCUAUGCAUUUCUAAAGUGUGACAAUACUGUUAUCUACUGCCAAUUGAUGGGUAGUGACCAACAUUUCUUAUUACAACAUGUGAAGAAAAUGUGUCAGAAUCAAGAUUUAUUAAGCAAUAUAGUUAAGAACGGUUUAGUCUUUGUUUAAAGGUUAUUUGCAUGAAGUUAAUGUUCGCCAAGAUAAUUUGAUGGAAAGAGGAAUUUACUCAUGCAGUUUUAAUUUUUUUGUUCCUUUCUCUUCUUGUUUAUUUACUAUAAUGGGUCUUGGUGUAUUUUUGCAUCUUCCUUCAGCAUUAGUUACUUGAAUCGAUAUUAAACAGAUUAUUUCUUCCACCAUUCAUCAUUCAAUUAAACGUUAUUCUACUGCCUAUGUACAGUAAAUAUUCAUAUCUGAUAUUGAUUUAAUUCAAAUCAUUAAAUUAGUAUUUCAUCAAUUAAUAAAUACUCUCAUUUAGACCCA